AUGAAAAGAAAAUAAAUGAAUGAAGCUGAAAUUAGAUUUUAUAUAGCUGAAAUAUUGAUUGCACUUUAACAUCUUCAUAAAAAUAAUAUCAUUUAUAGAAAUUUAACUCCAAAUAAUGUUUUAAUAGAUAAUUAAGGUCAUAUUAAAUUAUCUGAUUUUUCCUUAUGUCAUUUUGGUACUGAAUGUAAUUUACUCACUGGAAAUAUUUAUUACCAAGCACCAGAAAUUAGUAAAAUACAAUAUUAAAAUUAAUUAUCUGAUUAUUGGAGUUUAGGAGCUAUUAUGUAUGAAAUGUAUUUUGGAUAUCCUCCUUAUUUCCAUCCUAAUAUAAAUAUAUAUAAAAAAAACAAAAGAGAAUAAUUUAUUAUUAUACCAAAUUCUAUUUCAGAAUCAGCUUAAUAAUUACUUAGGUAAUUAUUAAACAAUGAUGUAUUUCAUAUUUAUUAUUAUAGAUUUAACAAAGAAUAAUGAAUGAAUCAAUUAAGAAAAUCUAAUAUCAUCCAUUUUUUGAUGGAUUGGAUUGGUAGAUAGUCUAGAAAAGAUUAGAAUAAAGUCCAUUUGUUCCAGAUAUCAGAUCAAAAUCAGAUCUUCAUUAUUAUUUGUAAGAAUAACGAAAUGAAAAUAAAAUUGAACAAUAAAUUAAUUGA